AUGCCAAAGCUGAAAUCUUUGAAUUUGAGUGGCUGUCAAUUCUUAAAAAAAAUCCCUGACUUAUCCGGAAUCCCAAAUAUAAAGUGGCUGAAUCUAAGUAAUUGUACAAGUUUGGUUGAGGUUGAUGAUUCUGUUGGACUCCUUGAUAAACUUGUUGAAUUGAAUCUUGAUGGAUGCGUUAAGCUUACAAGGUUUGCAACAACACUUGGAUUGAAAUCCCUGGAAAGGCUUUGUCUACGUAAUUGUGGAAGGCUUGAGAGCUUCCCAGAAAUAGAGGACAAGUUGGAAUCCCUGGUGAUUUUGAAUAUCGGAGAAAGUGGCAUAAGAGGAUUGCCAUCAUCAGUUGCAUAUCUUACUGGGAUUACAUUUAUGAGUUCUGGUUAUUGUGACAACCUUACAUUUACGUCAUUGCGUAGUAUAUAUGGAUUGCAACGUCUCACUACAUUUGGCGAUAAGGUGAACUCUGACUCAAACAUCUCAUUAGCGCUUCCAAAGCUAGUUUUCUUUAAUCUCCAAGGAUGCAAUUUAUCAGAAAGUAACUUCGUCCUGCCUCUCGACUGCUUGUUCACGUUUACAUUUCUUGAUCUAUCGGGAAACAAUUUUGUCAGAUAUCCACGAUGCAUUAAUAAAUUUGUCAACUUAUGGUUUCUUAGAUUAAAUGGUUGCAAGGGGCUUCAGGAAAUUCCAGAAUCGCUUCGACCAAGUGUAGAUCGGGUACUCCUGCCUAAUUGCACAUCAUUGGAAAAAAUUUCAAAACUUCCCCAGGGGGUUCGGUGGCUGGAUUUGGUCAAUUGUCAUAGACUAGGUGGCUAUGAGAUCACUGAAAAUAUUCUUCUGAAUGAGGUACCACAUUCUGUAUUCGAAAUUAUACUUCGAGGCAAUGCAUUUCCAAAGUGGGUCAGCUGUUGUAAAAGUGCAACAGUAUGUAGAUAUCCUGAUGUCGAGGAUAAAGAGGAAUACAUUGGUGGAUGUGAAUUUUCGUUUGAAAUUCCUCCAAAUUUAGAACGGGAGACGUCAAGAUUGGUUCUAUGUGUUAGUUAUCAUUACCCUUACUUUGACGAUGCCAAGAUUCUUAUCAAUGGAAAACUCGUCAAUGAGAUAUGGAUUGGGGAUACGUCUGCAACGGAGAUAGAGGAUACUCAUGUGUGGCUCAAGUGUGUUCCAUUAUUGGAUCCGCAGAAGUUACGUGUGGGAGAAGAACUGACGCAUUUGCAGCAGGCUAAUAUGUGUCAAGUUAUAUUUCACUUGCAAGGCGCAGGACCGAUACCCGUUAUAAGCUGUGGGGUACACCUAUUAGGCCACCAGGUUGCUGAUGUUAGUGGGAGUGCCAUGGCUGUUGACGACGAUGUAACGAUGAAUGGAUCAACGAGUUGUGUCGGAAAGAGGCCUCGUGGAUCAGAUAUCACAGCAGUUGAUGAUCAUGAUCAUCAAGAGCAAUCGCUUUGCUCGUCUUCAGAACCAGCAGAUCACCCAAAGCGGAGGCAUAUUCUAUAUAGGCACCUUCUAUAG